UACCCUUGAUCAUCUAUCUAAAUUCUAAAGCCCAGUGUCGCAUAUUUUGGGGUGAAGUGAAGGGGAAAUUGUUUCUUCAUUCUCUGGGGGUUCAACAACCAACUACUUUUUAUUUCUUGGCCAACAAAUGCAGUUUAAUGAACCAUCAAUUCUCUCUCUCUCUCUCUCUCCUUCCUUUGUCUGUCUGGUUUUUGUUUUGAAGUUUUAAUUUAAGAGAGGCAAACCCACACGCUUUAAGAUACACUAUUCCGUUGCCUUCGCAAGCUUUAUUCGAACCUUCACUCACCCUUCCUCCUAAUGCCAUUCUCCACCCUACUUACAUAAAUACUCACACUUUAAUUACUUGCUCACACUCUCACUCUCACUCUCCCUCUCACCUUUAUCUGCAUGCAAAUGGGUGUUAGAUCCGUUUUAGCAAUGAGUGGGAGAGUGGUAAACGAAGCAGUGAGCUUCGUGGCGUUCUGCUUUCUGGACCUCGUUGAUUUUCUUCUGUGCUAUGUCUUCAAAGCUGUGGACUUGUGGGUGGAGGCUGAGUUUCGACCCUGCUACUGUUCCUCGGCGAGGGAAGCAAUCACGAGCAGCGGGAAGAUCUUGGUUUCUGAGCAAGGUGGUGAGUCAAAGAUCGUGUCGCUUAGCUCAACCAAGCUUCACUUGGAGGACGUCUCUGACACCCUUUACUCGCGACCCUCUUUGGUCUCCGAGGUUUCCAGGCUAACCCUCAACGAGCUCAACAGGUUCAAAUUGGAGGACCCCCUCCUACACUCCAAGAGACCCAACCCCAACCAUCGCUGCUCCACUUUCACUGUCAACACCACCAUUGUCGAAAUGCUCCAGGGCAAAAUCGGAAGACACCAAACCCACCCCAAAACUAGAUGGUCUGACUGUGAUUGCAAACUUUGCACUAGUUGGAUCUCAUCCUCUCCUAAUACUAACAACCCCAAUGCCAAAGCCACUCUCUUUGUUAAGUCCCAAUGCCCCACCACAGAGGGGGCAGGAGAAGAUGUGGUGUUCAUACAUGGCUUUAUAUCAUCGUCAUUAUUUUGGAGCGAGACCUUGUUCCCCAACUUCUCGAGUGCGGCCAAGUCAUGUUACCGGUUAUUUGCGGUUGAUCUACUUGGGUUUGGGAGAAGCCCAAAGCCCAGCGAGUCUCUAUACACGCUAAGGGAGCAUUUAGAGAUGAUAGAGAGGUCAGUUUUGGAGGCCCAUAAGGUCAAGUCCUUCCACAUUGUGGCCCACUCCUUGGGAUGCAUUUUGGCCCUUGCCCUCGCCGUCAAACACCCUCAAUCCGUCAAAUCGUUGACCCUUCUUGCCCCGCCUUUCUAUCCGGUUCCAAAGGGUGAAACGCAGGCCACACAGUAUGUGAUGAGAAAGGUUGCGCCAAGGCGCGUGUGGCCACCGAUGGCGUUUGGAGCGUCGUUAGUGUGCUGGUACGAACACAUAACUCGGGUCAUUUGCUUGGUCAUUUGCAAGAACCACCGUCUCUGGGAAUUUCUAACCAAACUCAUCACACGAAACAGGGUGAGGACGUUCUUGCUUGAAGGAUUCUUCUGCCACACACACAACGCAGCUUGGCAUACCGUACACAACAUCAUCUGUGGAACCGCAUCUAAAAUUGGUUCUUAUUUGGACGCAGUGAGGGAAAACCCAAAUUGUAAAGUGACCAUUUUCCAUGGCAAAAAAGAUGAGGUGAUCCCAGUUGAAUGCAGCUAUGAAGUUAAGAAAAGAAUUCCACGUGCACAAGUAAGAGUUAUUGACAACAAAGAUCACAUAACCAUUGUGGUUGGAAGACAGAAAGCCUUUGCAAGAGAGCUUGAGGAGAUUUGGAACACUACCAACAACUAGAUAUUAUAUGUUAUAUAUCAUAUAUCAUAUAUAUGAUGUACGUCAUGCCAAUGCAUUUACGUACGUCCAGCUAGCACUAUUAGAUUAAAUUUAUAUAUAUAUGUUCAAACUUUCUCAUCUGCCAACUCAAGUGUUGUAUCUUUUCUUGUAAGAAAAACAUUGUCUAUUUUACAGUACUAGUUUGGGUAAUUGGACAACGUACCACCGGCUAAAGAGAGAAGAGAGAAGUGUAAUAAAAAAUUAUAUAUAUCAAAUAUUGGGACUUUAUGUAGAUCAUGUAUAAAUGUUAUUAAUAUAAUAUAUUUUUAUUUCAAA